AUGUGUGGGAUCUUUGGGUAUUGUAACUACCUCGUCGAAAAGACUAGAGGUGAAAUCAUCGACACUUUAGUCGAAGGGCUGGAAAGAUUGGAAUACAGAGGUUACGACUCCACCGGUAUCGCCAUCGAUGGCGAUGAACCAGAUUCCAUCGAUAUCUUUAGAGAAAUCGGUAAAGUCUCCUCUUUAAAAGAACAAAUCAAAAAGGCAAACCCAAAUAGAGAUGUCACCUAUUUAACUCACAGUGGUAUCGCACACACUAGAUGGGCCACUCACGGUCAACCAAAACAAGUCAAUUGUCAUCCUCAAAGAUCUGAUGCUGAAAAUCAAUUCGUCAUCAUCCACAACGGUAUCAUCACGAAUUUCAGAGAAUUGAAAACUUUAUUGAUGAAUAAAGGUUACACUUUUGAAUCAGAUACCGAUACUGAAUGUAUUGCUAAACUUUUCCUUCAUUUAUAUCAAACUAAUUUAAAAUCAGGUCAUGAAUUGGAUUUCCAUGAAUUAUCCAAAUUAGUCCUAAUGGAAUUAGAAGGGUCGUAUGGUUUACUUUGUAAAUCCAUCCAUUACCCAGGUGAAGUCAUCGCUACUAGAAAGGGUUCUCCAUUAUUGAUUGGUGUUAAAUCUGAAAAAAAAUUAAAAGUCGAUUUCGUCGAUGUUGAAUUCCCAGAUGAAAAUGCUGCUCAACCAGAAACUCCAAUGACCAUUAACGAACCUAAAGUCAUUAAAUCAUCUUCUUUGAAAUCCAAUAAAUCCGAUUUCCAUUCUAAAGACGGAUUAAUGCCAAUUGCUGCUAAUGAAUUCAACCUAAGGCAUUCUCAAUCAAGAGCAUUUUUAUCUGAAGAUGGUGCUCCAAAUCCAAUUGAAUUUUUCAUUUCUUCUGAUGCUGCUUCUGUCAUCAAAUACACUAAAAAAGUCUUGUUUUUAGAAGAUGAUGAUAUCGCUCAUAUCUAUGAUGGUGAAUUACAUAUCCAUAGAUCAAGAAAGGACGUUGGUGGUUCCAUGACUAGAUCUAUUCAAACUUUGGAAUUGGAAUUAGCUCAAAUCAUGAAAGGUCCUUACAAACAUUUCAUGCAAAAGGAAAUUUAUGAACAACCAGAAUCCACCUAUAACACAAUGAGAGGUAGAUUAGAUUUCGAUAACAAUUUAGUCAACUUGGGUGGGUUGCAACAAUUCAUUCCAACCAUCAGAAGAGCAAGAAGAUUAAUCAUGAUUGCUUGUGGUACUUCAUACCAUUCAUGUCUUGCCACAAGAGCCAUUUUCGAAGAAUUCUCUGAUUUACCAGUCAGUAUUGAAUUAGCCAGUGAUUUCUUGGAUAGAAAAUGCCCAGUCUUUAGAGAUGAUGUUUGUGUCUUUGUCUCUCAAAGUGGUGAAACCGCUGAUACUAUGUUUGCCUUAAAUUAUGUCAUGGAAAGAGGUGCUUUAACUGUCGGUAUAGUCAACACUGUCGGUUCCUCCAUCUCUAGAGCCACCAAUUGUGGUGUUCACAUCAACGCCGGUCCAGAAAUCGGUGUUGCCUCCACUAAGGCUUACACUUCUCAAUACAUUGCAUUAGUUAUGUUUGCUGUCUUAUUAGGUGAAGAUCGUAUCUCCAAGACUGAAAGAAGAAAAGAAAUCAUACAAGGUUUAAAAUUGAUUCCAGAACAAAUUAAACAAGUUUUGAAAUUAGAACCAAGAAUUAAACAAUUAUGUGAAAAUGAAUUAAGUGAUCAAAAAUCAUUACUUUUAUUAGGUAGAGGUUAUCAAUUCGCUUCUGCUUUAGAAGGUGCUUUGAAAAUUAAAGAAAUCUCAUACAUGCAUUCCGAAGGUGUUCUUGCAGGUGAAUUGAAACAUGGUGUUUUAGCAUUAGUCGAUGAAGAAUUACCAAUCAUUGCAUUCGGUACCAGAGAUUCUUUAUUCCCAAAAGUCGUUUCCUCCAUUGAACAAGUUACUGCCAGAAAGGGUCAUCCAAUCAUCAUUUGUAAUGAAAAUGAUGAAGUUUGGAAUAAGAAGAAGUCUGAAAACGACAAGUUUAUUACAUUAGAAGUUCCAACCACUGUUGAUUGUUUACAAGGUUUAAUCAAUAUCAUCCCAUUACAAUUAAUGUCAUAUUGGUUAGCUUCCAACAAGGGUAUCGAUGUCGAUUUCCCAAGAAACUUGGCUAAAUCUGUCACCGUUGAAUAA